AUGGACGCAUUCACAGCAGCGCAAACGACCGAGCUGGUCUCGAGGAUCGGUACGAAAAAGGCCACCAUGCGUCUCGACAAGCUCUUCAUAAAUUCGUUCAUGACAGGCCCACUGCUCGGAUUUGGCUGCGCCAUCGUUUUGUCCGUCAAUGCCUCGCCAUGGUACCAGGAAAACGCUCCUGGCCUCAUCAGACUUUGGGGCGCCCUUCUUUUCCCGAUUGGUCUCGUGAUGAUCGUUCUGACCGGCGCGGACCUAUUCACGUCGAACGUCAUGUUCAUGACAACUGCUCUACUACAUCGUCGCGUCGGCAUCGUUGAUCUGUUGAGAAACUGGUUUGUGUCGUUCUUUGGCAAUCUGGCGGGUAGCCUCUUUUCUAUGGCAAUCAUCUUCGGCUAUGGCAACGUUUACUCGACGCCGGGAUACAAGAAUGCUGUCUUUACGUUUGCGGAGGAAAAGUGUGUCACUCCAGAGUGGCAUCACAUAUUCUUGCGAGCAAUCGGUGCGAAUUGGCUCGUGUGCAUGGCCGUCUACCUUUCAAUCUCAUCUAGAGAGAUUGUCUCAAAAAUAAUUGCUAUUUGGUGGCCGACUGCAACUUUCGUGGCUCUCGCGCUCGAUCAUGUGAUUGCAAACAUGUUCUUCAUUCCAACAGCGAUCUUUUACGGCGCACCUGGCAUCACCGUCUCUUUCUACAUCUGGAAGUCACUCAUACCCACGCUACUUGGCAACAUUGUAGGGGGAGGAAUCAUGGUAGCGCUUCCAUACUGGUAUCUUUACCUGUUCCAAGAGGAGACCACCAUCGAAUUCGACACUGGCGGUAUGGGUACGGCGGUCAACGAAAACGCUGGACCUACAUCAAACUCACAUUCGAGGCGCAUACUGCAUGGACGAGAAGUCCAUCAUUCGGACCCAGCAUUGCAACUACCCCAGCCUGGCGCGGACAUUCGGUCCGGCGUGUCGAGGGAACUGAGUGAGGAGAAGUAUGGCAAGAAGCCGGACGGACAAACGAAUGGGAUCUCAAAUGGAGUCUGA